AAUAGAGUGUAAAGUCCCCACCAAAGUGCCUCCCUCUUCAAAAACGUUUCUCCUCCAAAACCGCUUUCACAUUUUCGGAACUCACUUUCUCUCUCCAUGAAGACCUUGCAGUACUAUUCACACUCCCCUCGCUCUCCACUCCACAGAGCUAUUUAGCCUGCAACCUUAAAACCGUCAUUCUCAUUCUUUGCUCUACUUCUGACUACUCUGGCCGGAGAACAACGUCUGCAACUGGCACGCGGCGGCCGGAGAAUUACUUUCUAGGGCAACAACGGUUGUUUUCUUUCCUCAUCUUUUUGCUUUUUUAGUAUGGAGAAGAAACAAGGAUUCUUUGCAGCUCUGAAAGAUGAGGUGGUUCGGGGCCUUUCUCCGUCGAGGUCUCGAGGAAACAGUCCGUCGAGGUCUGCUUCUCCCAUUUCUGGUUUGCUACGGAGGAAGAAGCACAGCAACAGCAGAAACAACAACAACCAUGGGCAGCCCGAUGGAUUGAUCGCGAGAUCGGGUAGUCUGAGGCCAAUGGGUGAGGCGCUUACGCCGCUGAUGGAGGGUCCUGAUCCGGACGGCGAAGUGGGGGACUCGAAGCGGGUUGGCUCGGGCUUAGGGCAGUGGAUGAAGGGGCAACUCUCGAGGGCUCCUUCGAUCACUUCAACGGCGUAUAAGAGGUCUGAUCUGAGACUAUUACUGGGAGUGAUGGGAGCUCCUCUUGCCCCUGUUCAUGUUAGCUCCAAUGAUCCUUUGCCUCACCUUAGCAUCAAGGACACUCCCAUUGAAACUUCAUCUGCUCAGUACAUCUUGCAACAGUAUACAGCAGCGUCCGGUGGGCAGAAGCUCCAAAACUCAAUUCGAAACGCGUAUGCCAUGGGAAAGCUGAGGAUGGUAGCUUCUGAAUUUGAAACAGCUACAAAGGUUAUGAAGAACAGGAAUGCCUCCAGAUGUACUGAGUCAGGUGGGUUUGUACUCUGGCAGAUGAAUCCAGAUAUGUGGUAUGUCGAGCUUGCAGUUGGGGGAAGCAAAGUUCAUGCUGGCUGCAAUGGCAAGCUGGUCUGGAGGCACACACCAUGGCUUGGUGCCCAUACUGCCAAAGGCCCCGUUAGACCCUUGCGUCGUGCACUUCAGGGUCUUGAUCCAAGAACAACAGCCAGUAUGUUCUCUGAUGCGAAAUGCAUUGGGGAGAAGAAGAUUAAUGGUGAGGAUUGCUUUAUCCUUAAGCUCUGUGCUGACCCUCAAACUUUGAAAGCGAGAAGUGAAGGCCCUGCUGAGAUCAUAAGGCAUGUCUUGUUUGGUUACUUUAGCCAGAAGACAGGCCUUCUUGUUCAUAUAGAGGAUUCCCAUUUGACUCGUAUCCAGUCCAAUGGCGGUGAUGCAGUGUACUGGGAAACUACGAUUAAUUCUUUCCUUGAGGAUUACAGGCCCGUUGAAGGGAUCAUGAUUGCCCAUUCAGGGCGUUCUGUGGUAAAUCUUUUCAGGUUUGGCGAGAUGGCCAUGAGUCAUACUAAAACAAAGAUGGAAGAAGCUUGGACAAUUGAAGAGGUUGCAUUCAAUGUUCCAGGCCUGUCUAUGGACUGUUUCAUUCCUCCAGCUGACUUGAGAUCAGGGAUGAUUGGUGAAACCUGUGAGCUCCCUCAGGAUGAAAGAGGAAAAGGUGCUAUUUCAAUAGCAUCAAGUCGGUCCAAAGUUGCUGCCUUGGAAAAGACACAUGAUGUUAAUGUGGAUAAUAUGAUUUGGAAAAUGGAAAUUUGACAAAUGGUAGGAUCCUUUCUAGGGCAAUUGUUUAUACUGGUAGAAAUUUUUAGUUCUUACACUUUAGGAGUUAUGAAGUAGGGAGUCUUAGUCAGAUUUUUUUUUGACUUUGGUUAUGCCUCUAUUAAUCUGUAAAUAGAGCAUAAUUGUUCACAGGUUCCUAAAACCAAGCCUGGAUGAAUCUUUAUACUCUCAAAUGCAGAAUCCAACAAGGGCGUUGGAGCUCGACUUUCCAGUUAGGGAUAGAGCAAAUGGAGGUUACAUUUUUAGUUUUCCUUCCAUGAAUGAAGAAAAUGGUGAAGCUCUGGUAUAGCAGCAAACCUCUUAACCUUGGUAUAGUUGUCACUAAUACUCUUGACUGUAUUCCAGAAGGGGCAGUAUAAGGAAACUGCCACUGGGUUGCCUGAGUUUUUUUUUUUUUUUUCUUUUUUUCUUUAUAAGCUAAUGUUUUUUUAGUUCUACUGUUUUGGGGUGUGCUAAUCUAAGGAUUGUUUGGUUGAUGUAAAACUUUCUCCUGGGUCUGGGAAUGAGAAAAAAAAGGGGGUGUGUUUUCUAGAUCUGCGGAGGUGAACAGAGUAGGAGAGCAUACUCUUUACUUUCCUUUUACCUGUUUUGUAAACCGACUUAUCUGGCAACAUGGGUCUCCCAGGUUGAAUGGUGUGGCCCUGUCUGCGUUCAAAAUGUAAGCAAAAAACAUUGUGUCCAUCUCUGAUGUUUAAUGCUUAUGAAUAUAUGAUGAUAAGCUGCUUAUCUUUCCUCAAUGUUUGUAAAACUGUACAGUUUUUUGAUUAAAUGUGUUGAAACUUUUUAAGAUUA